AUGAAGAUCAAGGUCACACUCGUUGUUUAUUGUUGGCAUCAGCGUUUAUUCGCACACCCCCACACGCACACACGCACUUGGUGCCCGGUUCAUGACACCCCAGUUGUUCACAGUCCUUCUCCUCUCUUUUCCUCUUACGAAACUAAACCCUUACCUUUCCCCCUCCACACUCUAUUUGUUUUCCAAAUCCUUUCUAUCUUCUCUUUCUUUCUAUCUAUUCCAUUCACUUCGUUCUCUCUCGUUUUAUUUCCUCUCUCUCUCUCUCUCUCUCUCUCUAUCUAUCUAUCUAUCUAUCUAUCUAUAUAUAUAUAUAUACAUCUUUUUUGUUUUCUGUUGUUCUUUUUUUUCCCUUGUUUACAUUCUGCUUUCGAUUCUUACUCUCUUAAUUCUUCACUAUUUCCGACCUCUUUCUCUUCCCUCCCUAAUGUUUUACACUUUCUUCUCAUUCUUUAUCCCCUCCCUAUUCUCUGUCAUUCGCUCUCUAUUUCCUCCUACUCGCUACUAUUUGAUUUUACUCUCUCUCUCUCUCUCUCUCUCUCUCUCUCUCUCUCUCUCUCUCUCUCUCUGUGGAGGGGUUCUUUUUAUUUUAAUUCUUACACUCCGCUUCUUCCUCAACGUUGCAUCUUCCAGACUAUCUUUAUCGAUCUUUUCCACUCCCUUGUAUUUAACUGUACCCACUCUCUUUUAUUCUCUUUUUGUUUACUCUCUUUCUUUAUCUCUGACUCUCUCUCUCUCCCAUAUCUAUCUAUCUAUCUAUCUAUCUAUCUAUCUAUCUAUCUAUAUAUAUAUAUAUAUAUAUAUAUAUAUAUAUAUAUAUCUUAG